CUCCAUUUUUUCACUGUAAAUUCUCCGGCCUCUCUCUCCUUUUCCGGCAAUGGAACCUCAAACUCAGGCGAAGAAAUCAAACCUGGUACUAAUCCUAGAUUACGGUUCUCAAUACACCCAUCUCAUCACUCGCCGAAUUCGAAGUUUAUCUGUUUUCUCACUCUGUAUCAAUGGCACUUCUUCGUUGGACUCCAUAACCGAGCUCAACCCACGUGUUAUUAUCCUCUCAGGUGGACCUCACAGUGUCCACGCUGACGGUGCGCCGUGUUUCCCAUCUGGGUUUAUUGAGUAUGUGGAGUCGCAAGGGAUUCAUGUGUUGGGGAUUUGUUAUGGGUUGCAGCUUCUUGUGCAGAACCUUGGUGGGGUUGUGAAGGUUGGGGAGAAGCAUGAGUAUGGGAGAAUGGAAAUUGAGGUUCAGAAGAAUUAUGGGUUGUUUGGGAAUAAGCAAAUUGGGGAUAAACAGGUUGUUUGGAUGAGCCAUGGUGAUGAGGCUGUGAAGUUGCCGGAAGGGUUUGAGGUUGUGGCGAGGAGUAAUCAGGGAGCUGUUGCUGCUAUUGAGAAUAGGGAAAAGAAGUUUUAUGGGUUGCAGUAUCAUCCUGAGGUGACACACUCGCUUGAAGGGAUGGAAACACUACGACACUUCCUAUUUGAUAUUUGCGGGAUUACAGCAGGCUGGAACAUGGAAAAUGUUCUGGAGGAAGAAAUAAAAGUAAUUAAAGCCAUGGUAGGACCUGAAGAUCAUGUAAUUUGUGCUUUAUCUGGUGGUGUUGAUUCCACAGUUGCAGCUACCGUGGUACACAAGGCUAUAGGAGACAGGCUUCACUGUGUUUUUGUUGAUAAUGGUCUAUUAAGGUACAAGGAGAGAGAAAGAGUGAUGGCAACCUUUGAGAGUGACCUUCAUUUGCCCGUUACCUGCGUUGAUGCUACAGAAGAAUUUCUCAGCAAACUAAAAGGUGUGACAGAGCCUGAAAUGAAAAGGAAAAUUAUUGGGAAGGAGUUCAUCAACAUAUUUGAUAUUUUUGCCCAUGAUUUGGAGAAAAAAGUGGGAAAGAAACCUGCUUACCUAGUCCAAGGAACCUUGUAUCCUGAUGUAAUAGAGUCUUGUCCCCCACCUGGAAGUGGAAGAACACAUUCUCAUACGAUCAAGAGCCAUCAUAAUGUUGGAGGGCUCCCAAAGGACAUGAAGCUGAAGCUCAUCGAGCCACUGAAACUUCUGUUCAAGGAUGAGGUUCGUGCAAUGGGAAAGAUUAUGAAUAUCCCUGUGGCUUUUCUCAGGCGCCACCCAUUUCCUGGUCCGGGACUUGCUGUCCGAAUUCCAGGAGAUGUCACAGCAGGGAAUUCCUUGGAUAUUCUUCGUCAGGUUGAUGAGAUCUUCAUUCAAUCAAUCAAAGAUGCUGGAAUCUAUGAUGAAAUUUGGCAAGCUUUUGCUGUCUUCUUACCUGUGAAAACCGUUGGAGUACAAGGAGACCAAAGAACACAUUCCCAUGCUGUUGCACUUAGAGCAGUCACAAGUCAAGAUGGAAUGACAGCAGACUGGUACUACUUUGAUUUCAAGUUCCUUGACGAUGUAUCAAGAAAGAUUUGCAACAGUGUUCGUGGUGUAAAUCGAGUUCUUCUGGAUAUUACAUCAAAGCCUCCAUCAACAAUCGAGUGGGAAUGAUUUGGUUAUAAAGAAUGUUAUGUUUAGUGACUAGUGCAGUACUCUUUAGCUUCUCUUUUUCCUUUCUGGGGUUGGGAAGGUGAGGGUGCAAAACAGAAGGGGAAAAAGUCCAUGAAACAAAUAUAGGUCCUUUUGUUGUGUGGUAGAAUUGGUUCUUUUGAACGAUUUUGUAUGUCAUGGGUUUAUUGAUGCAAAAUUUUACUGAAAUCUUGGUGUCUCUUUA